GCCCGUUGAGUACGUUGUGUGCAGGUUGGAGGUCUGACAAAGUAAACGAAACACGAGCAGUGAGAGAAGACAGGGAGUGACUGUGAGGCGGGACAGCAGCAGGAUUAAUCAGCACAUCAGCGCUUACAAACACCACCGAUUGCUUCGCCGCAAGACUCCGAAUUGCUCCACUUACUUAAAAAGCCGUAACGUGCCUCCCAAAGCCUCUUCGCUGAUUUUAGUGUUUUUUUUCGGAUUCGGUUCUGCUCCAUCUGAAAGAUGAAUUCUUUGGGCAGCUCGUCCAAAUGGUCAUCUUACGACUCCUUACCCUCCGCCUCCAGCGUCCUCCUCAGCGAGAGCGACCAGACUGAGGAUGAGGCGGAUGUCUUCUCGGAGGGAGAGGGCUACAGCGGAGGAGCCAGUUCCCUCUCUGUUGAUAAAGGAAUCGCAAUCCCUGGAAACUAUCUUGAUUUCCCAGGUCAGACGCGCGACACGCACUCCAGGUCCAAGUGUGACCCGUUGAAACGCUGCGCAGGUGAAACAAAUCCUCCUAAUUCAGCCCCGUUUCCUGGAGCCGCCACCUUGGGGGCAUCCGCUGCCUCACCUGGAGACCUGGCCUUUGCUCAGAAGUGUGCAGAUCUGCACAGGUUCGUCCGCCCUUUGCUUGAGCUUCUACACGGCCUGAAGACAGGGCGAUUUGACAAAGGUUUAAGCAGUUUCCAACAGAGUGUUGCCAUAGACAGGUUACAGAGGAUUCUUGGGAUUCUACAGAAACCUAAUAUGGGGGAGAGGUAUCUCCAAAAUCUGCUGCAGAUCGAGAUGAUGCUGAAAGUAUGGUUCCCACAUGUGGCUUUUCAGUGCACAGACACACCAAAGCAAACCACCACCCCCAUGCUUCUCCAACACUGGCACCAAAAUCAGCUCCACAUGCCCGUUAAGAAGAGAAAGCUGAGCUGGUCUGACCCCGCGCCAGCCAAGCACAGGCACCAUCAACACGACAAACACGGCAGCUGUCAGGCGGCGGCGUCACUCCACGCCGUUUGCACAUGUUCACCUGGGUCGGCCAAGAGACGGAGAUCUCCCGAGGAAGAAACCCAAGCGUCUGGGAACAGCUGUACAGCCAGACGUGAGUUUACAGACAGCCCCGGGGCUGCGAGCAGACCAUGCUUUCACGGCAAGAGAAAGCGCGAGAGCGAAAACCACUCCCAGAUUCCUCGGACCUCCCCUUCUGGCAGCCAGGCUACGCAGGACAGCGCCGUGUCCUCAAGUGACUCCGCUACUACCGAUGACUCACCAUAGCUGGCCUUAGACGACCUUGCCACCACACGGAGGUGCUGCAGCAUGCCAGCCAAAGACAGAGGGCGUGCUUCAUUACAUAAGCACAAAGUUAGGUGCAGUUACAGUGCGUGAUGGCUGCGAGGCACGUAGAGCCGGAGGAGGAGAGAUCCAGCGUCCGUCGCGUUACCUUCAUUCAACUGCUCCUCUUAUGGCCAAGCAUUAUGAAGCACAUGUCAAUGUCUUAAAAGAACCGGACUGAAUCACUAAACACUUAAGCUCUUAGAGCUGAUCUAAUAAUUGUCAUUCGAUGAGAUGUACAACUGAUUUUCAUUUUCCCUAAAACAUAACACAUGAACAGAAAACCACACAGUUGACUGGUGUCUGAGCACCUUUACAAACUGCAUUGAUGGAUAUGAAAAUGACAAGUAGAUACAAAACAGGUUUGUAGCAAACGGCUGAGGUUUAGGUUAUUUAAAGGGAAAUAUAUUCCCUUUGACCCUUUGUUUUUAUCACGUUGGUAUUGAACAUCACAUCACCACUGUGUUUUUUUUAAUGUUAUCUUUGCAAAUAGAAACUUGAAGGAUUACUAAGCUCCUAAGAUCUGCAGCGUGACGGCCGAGCCUCGUGCUUUGGAGGAGAGGAUGUCUGGUUUCACUAAAAGCACGUUUCCUUGGUUCCUAAUUCCUCACAUCAUUUGCCAAUGAGAAGCAUCCAGAAAACUGAUCCUGAUUACACCGCAGGUAUUGCACUAUAUUACUGGUAACGUUUGUAUAUAUUCACUUUGACAAAGUUCAAAUUUAGGUCUGUUGUGAAUUUUUUAAAUGGAAUGCAGUUUGUCAGUGUUGGGUUUCAAACCAAAAACAGAUAUCACUUACAUGAAAAAAGGAAACGCAGUACGAGCAUAGUUUCAACUAAAACAAGUACGUGUCAUAUGUCUUCAAGAUUUUACACAAAACAACUUCAUUAGCUGCUUCCAGGUUCCUGCAUUUGAUGUUAUUUUGCUUUUAAUUUAAACGUAUAAAAAUGUGUGUUGGUGUCACCACAUGCUCCGACCUUAUUAUGAACAUUUUGCACAGUUUCUAUUUUAUAUACCUGCAUCAAACAUUUAUAUUCUGAAUUAAGAAAAUGACCUGCAUCUUAAUUUGUAGUGAAAAUAAGCAGCUCCAGUCUUUACAAAACAUCUAGAAAGUUGUUCGAAGCUGCUUUAUUGAUUGCAUGGCAAAGGCACAACACAAAAAGUGGUUAAAAUGUGCCAAAUACAAAACUCUUCUGUAUAAUUAUCUGCUUUAAACUCACUAUUACACACACAACACCUUUGCUUCUAUGUAAAUAGGAACACAUGACGUUGCAUGUGUGGUAAAACAUUACCACAACCUAAAGCAACAAUGCUUUUUCCACUUGGGUCAAGAAAUUGUAGAUGCUUGAUUGGAGGCUACUCUGUUUUUGCUUUAGGAGCCACUGAGCGGGCGUUUGGUUAGAAAAACUUAAAAAUGUAAUAUGUCAAACACAUUAUUUUUGAACCUAUUUAAAUUAGAAUUAAUGUGAGAGCUUCUUUUAAGAUGGCUAGUAUUUUAUUUCCUGCAGACCCGUGGAGACAACCACUGUGCUGCCUAUGUCCUAUUUUAAAACUGAUUUGUUUUACUGACAUGCUGUUGUGUCAUUUGUAUCACUCCAAGUGCUUUACUCAGGAUCAUGUGAGAAGAAAUAAUGUCAUUAAGAUGUGAUAAAACUAUUUCCAUUGCUGAACCCAUUGCAUUAGCAUGUUUGGAAAUGGGAUAUCAUUCAUGUUGAAUGGCAUUGCAUCUCUGGUAGUUUGUCACCAGUCAGCCUUACUUACUGUAUAUGACAUACAUACUUAAACAUGAAGGUAAAUCUAUCAUUUAACCACCUGUGUCAGUGCAAAGCAAAUGUGCAGAUUUUCCUUGGGCUUCACUAUUAUUAUAUUUCAUUAGUCUGAGUGUGGACAAAGGAGAGCAGCAGUGUAGUGUUGUUUUGUUGAUUAAAGGUGGCAUAGUAUGUGCUUUGCUGUGCCAGGUUACAGUUAUGUGAAACAUUUGUGAAAUAGAACAACACUGAAAGUAAAGUAGAUGUUUUUUUGUUACAGCUUUGUUUUUUGUUUGUUUUUUUUAUUGUCAUUACUAUAAUGAAUUGAUAAAUGCACAUAUUUUUCUAUAUUAAAUUAUGUGGUUCAUGAAGAAACAUGCAGUGUGAUUGUUAAUGUGUAGAAUAAAAUACACUGACAGUCA